GCCAGCGCUGAGCGGAGCGAUGGGCAGCGCCAGCCCCGCGCUGAGUGCUCUGCCCCCCGGCCGCCUUGCCUGGCCGGACGCUGCUGCACGGGACCCCCAUACCCGGAGCUGGGGCUGCUCGGGCAGCCCGAGCCCCCCCAACACCCCCCAGCAACCACUGCCCGCUGUCUGCCUGCACUACUUCGACAUGCUCUACUCUGAGGACAUCGCCUGGGCCACCAAGGGCAUGGGGGAGCCAUCCCAAAGCAGUGCCCAAGGUGGGCAAGGGGAGGCACAGAAGGAGCCGGAGCAAUGUCCCAUCAUCGACAGCCAGGGCUUGGGGCUGGGGGCCGAAGGGGACCUGCAGGCCAGCCUGCCCCUGGAGGAGCACUCGCUGGAGCAGGUACAGAGCAUGGUGGUGGGUGAAGUGCUGAAGGACAUCGAGACGGCCUGCAAGCUGCUCAACAUCGCCGCAGACCCCGCGGACUGGAGCCCUGGCAAUGUGCAGAAGUGGAUCCUAUGGACGGAGCACCAGUACCGGCUGCCGCAGAUCGGGAAGUCCUUCCAGGAGCUGUCGGGAAAGGACCUUUGUGCCAUGUCCGAGGAGCAGUUCUGCCAGCGCUCGCCUGCCUGCGGUGACAUCCUGCAUGCACACCUCGACAUCUGGAAAUCUGCUGCCUGGAUGAAGGAAAAAACCACCCCGGGAGACAUGAGAUACUGCGCAGGAGGUGAUGCUGGCUGGGCAGACAGCGAGGUGGACUCAUCCUGCACUGGCCAACCCAUCCACCUCUGGCAGUUCCUCAAAGAGCUGCUGCUGAAACCCCACAACUACGGCCGCUUCAUCCGCUGGCUCAACAAGGAGAAAGGCAUCUUCAAGAUCGAGGACUCGGCACAAGUGGCACGUCUGUGGGGUAUUCGGAAGAACCGCCCGGCCAUGAACUACGACAAGCUGAGCCGCUCCAUCCGGCAGUAUUACAAGAAAGGCAUCAUCCGGAAGCCCGACAUCUCCCAGCGCCUGGUCUACCAGUUCGUGCACCCGGUCUGAGCGGUGGCAGCGGCAGCUGAGCCCCAGCAGGGACAGGGGACCCUCGCUGCCUCCCUCUGCCUCCCAGCCACAGAAACCACCUGCCAGCGCCAAGGACCAGGGUGCUGGGAGGCUCCAUCCCGCAGGACCUGCUGCCAAUGGACCAUGGGACUCCUGUCACCACCCAGCCUCGGAGAGGACGGAUGAGUCCCCAGCUAAGGGACAGCCACCAGCGUGCCCUGGUGCGGGGCAGGGACUGUGCAAGCCCUCAUCUCCUGCAAGUGCUCCCAGGGGAGGGUAGACACGGGAUGCGGGACCGGAGCGGAGAUGUGGGGUUGAUCA